AUGGACAGCCGUGGAGAGCCGAUUCGGGCCAUCUUCGUAACAAUUCUGAUCUGUUGGAUGGGAAUUCUUAUCGCCGUCAUCGAAAACAUCACUGCACUAAUCACUCAAUUCUUCCUGAUGUGCUAUUUGGGCGUGAACACCGCAUGCGCUUUGCAGUCUCUGCUCAAAUCACCCGGUUGGAGACCUUCAUUCCGGUAUUUCCAUUGGUCACUGUCGAUGUUGGGCGCAUUCCUGUGUGUGGCAGUGAUGUUCAUCUCGGCAUGGCACUUUGCACUAGUCGCCAUCUUCAUCGGUGCAGCCGUCUACAAGUAUAUUGAGUAUGCAGGAGCCGAGAAAGAGUGGGGAGACGGUAUUCGAGGUCUUGGCCUCAGUGCUGCCAGGUUUGCCUUGCUCAACGUCGACCCCAAACCCCAGCACAGUCGAAACUGGCGGCCACAAUUACUGGUU